AUGCAGCAAUCGAUCCGCAUCGCCAUCUGGAUCGGCCUCACAUUGGACUUCUUGAUCUAUGGGACGGGCAUCGCCAUUCUGACUUACUACGGGGCUCCCCACUUGGGCGAGACCUGGCUCGACACCCUUGGCAAUGGCCGUAACCUUAUCCCGUUGCCGUGGUGGCAAGCACAGUCGGCGCUCAAUGUGGCGUUGGACAUUUAUAUCUUCGUACUGCCCCUCCCAUCUUUGACGAGGCUUCAGCUGCCGACAAGAAAACGCAUUUCGUUGGUAGCGGUCUUUUCGGUAGCACUCUUUGUCUUGGAGCUCAAUGCUGCUAUUAUUGUCAGCUCCUCGCCCGCUUUUGCCAGUUUUGCUCGAUCGCAUAUGCCCGAGAUGUCGGCCAUCAAGUUGUUCCUCUCGAGCCUGACGAGCUUCCCCAGCAAAACUAGGAACCCGGAAAGCACGGCUGCUUCGGGCUUUAAGGCUGACAGAAUUCCGCCUGACGGCGAGGACCAGGCAAAAUACCACCCCAAUCGCCAUUACUAUGAGCUCAAUGAAACAUGGGCUUCAGAGCGGAGCGACGAGGCCAUGCUGCUGCUGGAUACCGCCAGUCUAGAGCUGUGCGAGUUUGGUGGCGAUGCACCACCGUAUGCCACAUUUUCUGCCAAGUGGGAAGACGGGGGCGUUGUGCACGAGGACCUGUGCAGUCCCCAAACGGCGCCGCAAAGACCUGCAUUCCAAUCCCUGCAAAGAGCGUGCUCUGAAUGUCAGAGCCGCGGCUUGCAGUGGCUAUGGAAUGAUGCUGUCUGCAUCAGCAGGAGCUCCGGCUCUGCUCUUUCGGAAUCGUUGAACUCCUUGGCUGAGAUCUAUCGGAGGGGCAGGCUCUGCAUAGUGUACCUUCACGAUUUGCUUGACACGGAAGCAUUUGACUUUGACGUGGGACGCGCCUUGUCAAGCUGUUCUUGGAUGAAGCACGUUUGGAUGCUUCCUCAUCUCAUUUUCUCCACGGUAUUGCAUUUCUACGACGCGCAAUGGAAAGACAUAGGUAGCAAGUCGGAACUUAUUCCGGAACUCUCACGGAUCACAUCAGUCGAUGAAGGUGUGCUGCAGGACUCGGGGUCAUUGGAGGACUAUCCGAAUAGUACGAAAAUGUCAUGGGCGGCAGGGCUGUCGGCGGAUCCCGUUGAAGAUACCGCAUACUCGCUUCUUGCUAUCUUCAACGUCAAUAUGGACAUCAAGGGCAAUCCUGACAGAAAGGGCGAUUGGAGUAAUCCAGGCUCGCCCCUGGCACUCGAGCCGGGACAUCCAUUUGCCGCAGUUACUGGAUAUCUCAAAGCAAUCCUGGUGGACCGCUUCCUGGCGAUGUGCAAUUCCAGGCCUGGCAAGAGGGUGCUGCUUCCUUGGCCGCAAAGGUCUCGCAAGAGACCCAGAUUGGCCUGGUCAGAGCCCUACAUGGACGUCGAGCUCGCAUCCGACUCCGAAGAUAUGGACACCGUCGUAGUCCACCACGCAAGCGCGAGGGCCAGCACCUUCGCCUGUCCCUUCUACGUGAUGGACAAGGCAAGACACGAGCGAUGCCUGACUCGGCACAGCCUUUCGACCAUCGAUGAGGUCAAGGAGCACAUGUGGGCGUCGCAUCGCCGCCCGAAUUUCUGCCCCAUUUGCAAAGAGACAUUUGCCACAAUGAAGGCUCGGGAUGACCACAUCCGCAGCCGGAGCUGCGAGCACCGGAGCCUACCGACGUUUGACGGCCUCACGGAUGGCCAAAUCCAGCAGCUGGCGCGACAAGGGUCUCCGCCUUCAUCACGAGAGAGCCAAUGGUUCGCAUUGUGGGAUGUCGUGUUCCCCUCAGGCCCGCGGCCCUUGUCACCAUACUACUCUAGCACGCAGGAGUUCCUGGUCGUUGCUCUCCGGCGCUUCUGGGAGACCAACGGACGCACCAUUAUAUCCGACUUUCUGAGAGAGAAGGAUCUUCAAGGAUGGGAAGUCUCAGACGAGGAACGGAGUCUUGCUAUUUUGUACAGGGUCGUCCUUCAUGACGCUAUCGAUGAAGUGUAUCGGAGGUUUGCUGGAGGUACAAUGGACCUGGAGAGAGAACAAUGA